GAGGAAGAGCAACCCGUCUGGCCUGUAACUACCGGACAUGUAAUGAACGAGAUGAGACCGCCGCAUGGAGUCGAGCAUGCAUGCAUGGGCAUGGGCAUGAGAGCAGCGGCCCAGACCGCGCCGGUCAGCAAUCCGAAUGUCCUGCAUUCUGGGUGGUCAGCACCGGGCUCGUCCCAGUCGUCGCCUCGUAGGCAAUGCAUACUCCCGGUUGCGAAGAGGAGGUCUGUGCCUGCUGCCUGCUGCCGCUGCGUCCUUCCGUCCUUCUGCUGCUGCUGCUGCGUUCCGUUGUUGUUGCGAAGCUGUUGUUGGUUGCUGGCUGGCUGGCUGGCCCCGGCUACCGCUCUCUCUUUCUGUUCGCUUGUGGGCUGCUUUCGUUUCGUUUCGUCUCGUAUCGUCGUCGUCUGGUGUGGUCAUUCAUGCGCAGACUGUUGAGCGAGCGGAGCUUUGCGAGCGAGAGCGAGACCAGGCCAACAGGAAGACAGCCAGCCCGCCCGCCCGCCAGCAGCAGCAGCGCUGCUACUGCCACUGCCCACUGCCAUUGUCUUUUCGUCCCACGCUCUCUGUGUGCUGGUACAUUGGCACCAACAGCGACGACGCCGGCAGCGCGGGGAGGCUGGCCGGGGUCUGUUUUCGUCGCGCUCAGCCGUUGUCUGACUCAGUGCUGCACCUGAUUAGAUCUCUUCGUCGGCGUUCCCGGUGCUCAGAAAAAUGAUGGAAGGACGAGCGGGUGGGGCGAAGCAGGUCGAUUUUAUCCGCUUUUCAAGAUUGUGGGGGGAAUUUGGACGUCCCUGGUCUUUCUCGAACGUACAAGGGUGUCGAAUGUCUUCUGCACGCACUUCGGGUCUCUUCGAUUCCUCGAUCGGCCGGUGGAGUCAAUAGAAAGUACCGUUUGUGUAGUGGUGUGCGAUUCUACGCACGUCCCGGCGCACAAGUCGGGAAUUACACAUUUUUUGCGCAAGUAGCGCUGUGUGAUCGAUGUGAUACAGAUUGACGGACAGGGUAUAAUGCCCUUGCUUAUGUCACAAGAGUACACCUGUGCCAAGGCUUCGUGAAGUACAUGUGACUUUCAACUUCGGAAGUUCCUAUCACGUCGCAGCUAUGUGUACGAAGAGUUCGGGUGCCGUAUUCGGCGACGAUGACUAUCUGCAGUUGGACUCAUUGUCGUUGAGCUUUCGGAGAGGAGGUUCACCGGAACAUGAGACGCACACUCUAUGCUUUUGGCUGUAUCUUCUCAAGAGCAGUCUUCCUGGCAUAAUCAUACGACAAGGAACAAAGGGUCAGCUGGAUGAUGUCCGAGCCGUGCCUUUCCUCACGCUGGAUACAGAUCGUAAGUUGGCCUUACAUGGCUUGCAUCCAGAGGGUGAUGAUGCCGAAAUUUCAAACGAUAUGGACGUGUUGCUUGCGGAGAAACCAUGUAACAUCGAGAAAUGGGUGCACGUGGGUUGUGAGAUUGGGUCGGAUAUCGCUCGUCUGCACAUAGAUGGAGUAAUUGUCGGUGAAAAGCGCCUUCCAUUGCCUGCUUUCGGUGAGAGCGAAACAGGAGAGAAGGAAGAAGUUCUUCUCCGUGGAGGAUCAGGCCUGUCUGCAGGUUCGCCUGUCCAGGCUUUUGCCUACCUCGUACGGAUGCUCCCUCAACCAACUGUAACAAACCAUUAUGUCAAGAAUCCACCUUUGGAGCUUUUACUUGAAGGCACGUCUGGUGCCACUGAUGACCAUGAAGUCGAAGAAGGUGGAGAUGGAUCGUGGAGCGUCGUUGGUGGCAAGGCAUCAUGUCGUCGAAACUUUGCCCUUGAUGUGGCCCUUUUGGAUGCUCUGGGUCGAUCCAUUCACAAGGAAAUGGAGUUAGUUGCUUCCCUCGUGUAUUCGGAUUCCAACUUACCGGUAGAAAAGCCGAAGGAUGAUGCGGAGGCUCCACUUUUGACGACUUUCGAUGGAGUGGAAUUCCCAUCAACGGAGCGACCAAUAAAACUAGUUCACGGUCGUGCUUCUUUCAAGUUGAAAAUAUCACAGCUCUCCUCGAAAUGCGACAAUCGGCUCUUCCGUGUUUGCUUCGACUCUCCGAGUACACCAAAAUACCCAUUUUUGAGAGCCUUUUCUCGGCCUAUCAGGUGCGUCUCUCGAAAUCGAAACCAUCGAGCUCCUGCUGCACCUUACAAGCGACCACACUCCGCCGCAUUUCCUCAGGAGGGCGCGAUUUCGCCGAAUGCCGAAGAGACGAUCACAACAGAGGUGGACAGUAUCUGCAAUGGAUCUAGUGCUGCUCCUUCUGCCAAUGGACCAUAUCACAAACGAAAUCGAACUGGGGUUGAAAAACCUGCUGUUCCAGUUCUGAUUAAUAGUCGUGGAGGAGCCAUACACUCACCUACACUGGACACUCGGACAAAUGGCUAUGCAGUGAGUGGAGACGGUCGGUCACAGUGGCUAAUUCAUCCUGCAGCGACUUUGGCCACUGCCCCGCUGAAGUUGCCAUCUGCUUACUCGGGAAACUCUGGGGGGACCCCGAGACUCGAUGUACCGGGAGUUGCUGCUGAUUAUGGUACCAAGCAUGAGGUUCAUCGGGAAGGGAGACAUAAAUUCACAGGUCGAGUUGAGAGUCCACUUUCACGGAAUCCAUCGUCUCCCUUGUCCGAUUUUCUGGUUUUUAAAUACUGUCUCGAAAACAUACAAGGCCGCACUGCAUUUCUGAAGUUAUUCAUCGUGAAUCACGGUGACCAAGAGCUUGCUGAGUUGGCUGCACGUGUAUCCCAUUGUACCGGAUGUCGACAUGAUGGAUAUCAAAUAAUGAUAUCUAAAAGUCUCAUAUUGGAAGCGAAUGAAGUUUGGUCAGAAGCCACAAGAAAAUCACUUCCCCCACUUUGGACGCAAGUGAUUUCUUGUGUUGAAGAGAGAUUCACUAAAAUCUCCAGUGUUCAACGAAUGUUGUCUAUCAAGGACAAAGAAUUUCUCAAUCGCGUAGCAGGUUGCGGUGACUUCGUCACUAGGGAACAGUUUGACAGUCUAUGGAGUUGGAUCUAUCCAAUAGCCCUGACCCUAAGGUCCUCCCAAGUUCGUGCUAUAUGGGAUAAUGAGGAGCCCAAGUGGAUCGAGGGAAUGAUCUAUAAGGAGGAGGUGGAAGCUCUUCUGCUCAGGAGUUCAGAGUCAAUGGCCAAGCCUGGAACAUUUCUACUUCGAUUUGCCUGCUCUCGUUUCUGGCCUCAUCCUGAUGCAGGUGCCCUGGUUGUAAGCUAUGUAGGACACGAUCUGAGGAUCAAUCACAAGCUGUUGUCACUCGACGAAGGUUCAGGAUUCAAUCCUGGCGAGAGGCCUUUACCCGAGCAACUCCUGUCACAGCCAGAGCUUAAGCAGCUAUGCAAAGUGCCAUCUACUCUAAGCAAUGGGACAAACGCUUGAGUUUGUACAUAUCUUUCCAUCCAGAGCUUCAAGUUUGAACCCCGUCUCAAAGGAAGGUCAUAGUGACCUGGGCCGAAGCCCUGUGUAGUCAUCGUGGAGGACUGCGAUUGCGAAGCCACGCGGAGCGAAGGAGGGCGCCGGGAUACGCCAAGACUUCUACAUAUCAUCACUCUGCGGAUAAUUAUGAAAAGCGGCACACUGUUCGAAACCUUAGCUGUAUCUACAACAACAACUAUUAUAUAUGUGUGCAUAUGCGAGGCUCAUGUACAUUAGAGUUCGCGUUCUGACCGAUUUCCCGAGUGAGGACGUCUGUCCUCAUGUAAAUAUGUGAACGAUUUCCCAUUUACAAAUUGUGCAAUACACUCCCACACUCGGGUCAGCCAGAUUUCCGCCCAGCGACUGGACUGACUGCCAAUGGAACAUGCCGAGCUGACCGUGUCGUUGUUGAAUGGGGACUCCACCUCGGGCCCUUUUAUGUUUCUGAGAGCAAAUGC